UUGUCUCUCAAACCUAGGUCCGAAGCACCGACUACCGUUAAAACUCCUCAAACUGCCUUACUCGAACCCCUUCUCUUCAGCCCUGUUUCUCCGUUGUCGGCCUUUUCUACCUUCGAGUAAAGGGACGCUGCCAAAAGGUCGCCUGACGCCACCGACGCCGGAGCCGGGUGGUUUAGCUAUCAAGGAACUUGAUGUGAAUUUCAUUUACUUUGGUAAAUUUUGAAUUUUUUAUGGUUGAGCUGUGAUAGGGGUUUCUCAAUGGAAUACUUCAGGUUAAUGAUACAGUUGGGGAGGAUUCACUUCUGAGGGUCUCUUUUCCUAAUGGGCUCUCCUGAACGAGUAAGAAGUUCAGGAAAGAAGGACAUAGAGGUUGAUCCAGAUGUAAAGACGGACAGGUUCAGGGAAGAUGAUGACUGGGAAGGUGAUGAUAAGAGAAAGCACAGGUCAAGCAAGUCAAGAAAGCCUGGAACUUUGGAAGAUGCUGAGGGAAUAGAUAGUGGUGGUAGAAAGAAAAGUGCCGGGGACAGAACUGAGAGCCGAAAGAGAUCAGGUGGUUCAAGCAGAGCUGAUAGUGAUGAGGAUGACUAUGAAACAAGGAAGGAGUCACGUACUCGGCAUAUGAAGAAGAAAAUAGAGGACAACACAUUGGAGAAACUGAGCAAUUGGUAUGAAGAAGGAGAAGGUGAAAUCAAGUAUGACAGUGGAUAUAGAGGACAUGGUCGAGUUGAUGACAGUGAAAGAAAGAGAUUGACUUCAAAGUUCUCAGAUCAUGAGAUCUCCCAGGUCAGAGCUAAAGACAAAGAUGAAGCAGUGUUAGAUGGUAACCCUGAAAAGGCGCUAGAUAGAGAUUCUAGAUUUUCUGAAAGAAGGGAAAGUAGUAGAGAGAAGGGUCAUGGUUCUUCUGAGCAUGGGAAAAACUCAAGGAGAAAGUGGGAUGACUCAGAUGUCUUCUGGAAAGAUGAAGAUGGAAACUACACUGAAAAAUCUGAUAUAAGAAGUGGGAAGCUGACUGAGUCUAGGAUUGAGAUUGUUAGAGACAGAAGUGAUAGCAUGAAAUUUGAUCUGAGUGAGAGCAAAAUCAGAGAAUUUGACUCAGACGGUGACAAAGGCAUUAAAGCUCAGGAUAAGGAGGACAGAAGAUCUGAGUUUGAAAGGAAUAAGAGGGACAGGUUGGAAGUUUUAGAGGAGGACCUGAAAGGAAGCUCGUCGAUGCGGUCGAGCAAGGAGAGAAAUGAGGAGCAUAGACACCCAAGAAAUCCGGCUGGUAGGGAAAUUGUUGACAGUCGUGAGAGGUCUUUAAACGCAGAUGAGGAUGGCAAUGCGUGGAUGAGAGACAAGAACAGGAGGGAAAUAGAUACUUCCAACACGUCAAGGACACCUGAGCGGAGUGGAAGACGUCAAUAUGAACCAGACAACUUUGAUAUGGAUUAUGAGCGAAGCACUUCUUUUAGGAGGAAGGAACAAGAGAGAGAUAACUAUAGAGAUGAUAGGUCUAAAGGAAGAGAUGAAAGUUGGACUGAUAGGAGCAGGGAUCGCGAGGGCUCUAGAGAUGCUUGGAAAAGAAGGCAACCUAAUAGCACUGAAAAGGAAAUAAGGGAUAUUGAUACAGCUUAUGAUCAUGGUAGAGAGUGGGAUUUUCCUAGACGUGGUCGGAUUGACCAUGAUAGGCCUCAAGGUCGUUCUGGUGGUAGGAAAGACGGAAGCAGGACUGAAGCAGUGAAAACCUCUUCCAAGUAUGGAAUUUCGAAUGAGAAUUAUGAUGUCAUAGAGAUCCAAACCAAACCAUUCGAUUAUGGAAGGGAGGAAUCUAAAUCCCUCCUUUCCAGAAGCAAUGAACUGGGUCAGCAAUCUGAUACAUUGGCUCCAAAUGGUGAGGAGAAUGCUUAUUCUAGGGAGGAAAGAUCUAGGAAUUCAUAUGCAUCUAUGCAAUCUGGUGAGGAUUCAAAGGAUAGAUUCACAGAUGGGGGCUUUUCUGGGCAAGACCAGAAUUUAUGGAGGGAUGACAAUGACUUUGCAAGAGCAAGAGGCCAGAGGGGUGGUAUGUCUAACCGUGCUUCUGGGGGCCAAAGUUCUAGUGUUGGCUCACAAAUGAUGCAUGGAAACCAGGAGUCCUCUUCCUUUACGAGAUCUGCACCACAAGGAGUUAAAGGGAAUAGAGUUGGACGAGGAGGUAGGGGUAGACCAAUGGGCAGAGAUGGUCAACAGGUUGGGCUUCCAAUGCCAUUGAUGGGAUCGCCUUUCGGGCCACUUGGAAUGCCACCACCUGGACCGAUGCAAUCUAUAACUCCUAGCAUGUCACCAGCACCAGGUCCUCCAAUUUCUCCUGGUGUCUUUAUUCCACCAUUCCAGCCUCCAGUUGUUUGGUCUGGUCCUCGAGGUGUUGAAAUGAACAUGCUAGCUGUCCCACCUGUUCUCUCACCUGUUCCUCCAGGGCCCUCUGCGCCUAGGUUUCCCGCAAAUAUGGGGACUCCACCAAAUCCACCUAUGUAUUUCAGCCAACCUGGUCCUAUAAGAGGAGCACCACCAAAUAUACCUGCACCAAACUUUAACCCUAUUGCACCUAUGGGGCGUGGACAAUCACAGGAAAAAUCCCCUGGAGGUUGGGUUCCUCCUAGAACUAAUGGACCCCCUGGCAAAGCUCCUUCGAGAGGAGAGCAGAAUGAUUACUCCCAAAACUUUGUAGACACUGGUAUGCGUCCACAGAACUUUAUCAGGGAGUUAGAGCUCACUAGUGUUGUGGAGGACUAUCCAAAACUUCGGGAGCUUAUACAAAAGAAGGAUGAGAUUGUUGCCAAAUCGAAUUCCCCACCUCUUUAUCUGAAGUGCGACCUGCAUGAACAGGUGCUUUCUCCAGAGCUCCUCGGUACAAAGUUUGAUGUCAUUCUUGUGGACCCUCCUUGGGAGGAAUAUGUACAUCGAGCUCCUGGUGUUACUGAUCAUAUGGAAUAUUGGACAUUUGAAGAAAUAAUGAAUUUGAAAAUUGAGGCAAUAGCAGAUACACCUUCUUUUAUUUUUCUUUGGGUUGGUGAUGGUGUUGGGCUUGAGCAAGGUCGACAGUGUUUGAAGAAGUGGGGAUUUAGAAGGUGUGAAGAUAUAUGUUGGGUGAAGACAAACAAAACAAAUGCAACUCCUGGACUGCGCCAUGAUUCGCAUACUUUAUUCCAGCGCUCAAAGGAACAUUGCUUAAUGGGCAUAAAAGGGACCGUACGUCGCAGUACUGAUGGUCAUAUAAUCCAUGCCAACAUUGACACUGACGUAAUAAUUGCUGAGGAGCCUCCUUAUGGAUCUACUGCAAAACCUGAAGACAUGUAUAGGAUAAUUGAACAUUUUGCUCUUGGCCGGAGAAGACUUGAGCUCUUCGGGGAAGAUCAUAAUAUCAGGGCUGGCUGGUUAACUGUUGGUAAAGGAUUAUCCUCAUCAAACUUCAAUGCCGAGGCAUAUUGUAGGAGUUUUGCUGACAAGGAUGGGAAAGUUUGGCUGGGUGGGGGAGGAAGAAACCCUCCUCCAGAGGCUCCGCACCUCGUUCAGACAACUCCUGAGAUAGAAGCAUUGCGUCCAAAGUCGCCAAUGAAGAAUCAGCAGCAACUGCAGCAGCAAUCUUCAUCAAUCUCUCUGACAACAGGCAAUUCCUCGAACAAGAGGCCCGCUGGAAAUUCCCCACAAAAUCAUAAUGCACAGAAUAUGAACCAAGAAGCUUCUAGCUCCAAUAUCUCGACCCCAGCUCCCUGGGGUUCACCAAUGGAGGGCUUUAAAGGAAGAGAGGGUGGACUUAUGGCCCCCGAUGAUAGAAUAUUCGAUAUGUAUGGGUAUAAUGCAUCAUUUGGUCAGAGUAAUGCAGAGUUUUUAGACUACGAGUCGCAAAGAUCAAUGAAUUUGUUGUAGUAAAACGCAUUGUACCAAUUAAUUUUUCAUUUCUUGUAUUUUUUGUAUUCCACUCCAUAAAAGGCAUGAAAAUUGCCCCAUCCCUCGUCUUUCCUCUGCAACUCUCUUCCUUCAAAAUUGGGUGUGGCGGCCAUUGGUUUUAGCACCAAAACCUUGUAAAGAUAAUCUGUAAUCAUUCUCCAUUAGGAACUAUAAAGCAAACUUUUGUUCGUUGUUAGCGGUU